ACAUUAUUAGAAAUUAUAGAAAUUAUUAUUGUGUCAACUUUAUCUAUAUUUGGUCAUUACUCGAAGAAACGAAAAAAAACAGCAUUAUAUGUAAACAUUGCUGCUUUGAUUGGAUGGUGGAAAGAGACACAACGA